CAAAACAACAUAAUCUAGGGCAUGCUUUUAACAUUUGUACCAAAAAAAUACAAUAAACUAGGGCAUGCUAAGAUCGGCAUACGUAGAUGUUUUCUGUUUACCUUACAUUAUAUUUGCUCAACCAUAUUAUUCACCUACACAAUGAUAUGGAGUAUGUGAUAAAUUAAAUAAUGGAACUCGAGAUCAAGCCAUCGACUAAUUAAUCAGCCAUAAAGAGAGAAAAAUUAACUUACUUAUGGGAUAGGAACAGUAGGAACACCGCACCUUCAAGGAAGUAUCUUUAUUUUCUCUCAUUGUGUAUCCAUUGGAAUUGCUCUAACACAGAACUUGUGUAGUUGGAGAAAAUAUUUUUAAUUUAAAUUUUAAUAAUAAUACUGAUUGCUGCUAGUAGUGAAGGUUUCAUGGAUAUUUUAAAAAGAUUUAGGCAUUGAAUAGCUACCAAAACGAAUAAAAAGAAAGAUGAAUUUUUCUUUAUUCUUUAAAAUUACAGAAUUUACGAAUAAAUAUUUUAAAGGAUUUUUUUUAUCAUAGCCAACUAUUUUUAGUACCUUCAAACUAAUUGUAAUUUUAUAAACUAAUUUUUGACGUCAUUUACAAUUUCUAAUUAUUAUCUAAUAAAAUAAAUCAAAAUACAAAAAGUAUUUUAAAAAUAGAUUUUUAAAUUGUAUAUCAUUUAAAAACAUUUAAAUCGAGGAGGUAGUUAUUACAUUUUAAAAUAUCAACUAAAAUGUUUUAUUUAUCAUGUUUUGGCUGUAAAUUGUUAGCUUCAACAACAAAAACGGAGCUUUUGAAAAACAUCAAACGGGGAAAUGCUAUAUAUGCGUUGUGAGUUCUAAUAAGCUGGAUCCUCUUACAAUUCCAAAACCAAGAUUUAUAAAAUAUCCAGAUAUGUAGUAAAAGACAUAGUGCUACAUACAAACAUUCAUCAUCAAAUAUUCAUUCGAACACGUAAUAUACCAAAAAAAACGAAUUAAUGGUUAUAGAAAUGGAAACUUACUCAAAUGACAGCAAUUUACACAACAUGGUAGGUAAGUACUCCAAAUUCACAAGCACUUACAUAAAUAAUAGUCACGGAUCAAUUUAAAUUUUGAAAAACGAUAAAUCAGCAUCCGAGUAACUACAAUUUAAAAAAAAAAAAAAGAACCGGUUAACUCGGUAAACCAGUAAAUUCAACAAACAAAUAAAUAAAUAAAUAGAGAUUAAAAACCUUCCAUAUUCUCCACCUCUUUGUCAGAGAAGAAGUUUCGAAAACCUCCACACACUCACUCACUCACUCACUCACUCACUCACUCACGCUUUACACUCUCUUCAUCUUCUCCUUCUUCGAUCUUUGACUCGAAGCAAUACAUACAAUGCCGCCGCCGCGGUUUUCUAUCUUCGCUUUCGCUCUUCUCUUCGGACUCUCUCUCGCCGAGGAUCCUGCCAUCUCCUACGUUUACGAGCUCUCUUACGUCACUGCUUCUCCUCUCGGCGUUCCUCAGCAGGUUAUAGCAGUUAACGGAAUAUUCCCUGGCCCCGUUGUAACCGCCACAACAAACUAUAACGUCGAAGUUAACGUGUUCAAUCGUUUAGAUGAGCCUCUUCUACUCACUUGGAAUGGGAUAGAGAUGCGGCGUAACUCGUGGCAAGACGGUGUUCUCGGCACGAACUGUCCCAUCCCUCCGCAAUGGAACUUCACUUACAGCUUCCAAGUCAAAGAUCAGAUCGGUAGUUUCUUCUACUUCCCUUCCCUCAACUUCCAGAGAGCUUCUGGUGGUUUUGGUCCCAUCGUAAUCGAUAACCAGUAUCGUAUUCCUCUCCCGUUCGCUACCCCUGAUGGAGAAUUCACCUUCAUGAUUGGUGAUUGGUAUACUCAGAACCACACCGUGUUAAGGAGUGUACUUGACUCUGGUAAAGAGCUAGCGAUGCCUGAUGGAGUCCUCAUCAAUGGGAAAGGUCCUUACAAGUACAACAGCUCUGUACCUGAUGGGAUUCAACACGAGACUGUCAAUGUUGAUCCAGGGAAAACGUAUAGGAUCCGUGUUCACAAUGUUGGUGUCUCGACAAGCUUGAACUUUAGGAUUCAGAGUCAUAAGCUGCUCUUAGUCGAAACCGAGGGUCGCUACACCUCACAGACAAACUUCACUGAUUUUGAUAUCCAUGUGGGGCAGUCUUACUCUUUCUUGGUGACAAUGGACCAAAACGCCUCGAGUGACUACUACAUUGUGGCUAGUGCUAGAUUUGUGGAUGAAGAAGUGUGGCAAAGAGUCACAGGUGUUGGCAUUCUCCAUUAUUCGAAUUCCAAAGGUCCUGCUUCUGGUCCUCUUCCGGUUCCGUUGACUGAUGUUUCUCACCCUUGGACUGUAAUGAACCAACAGAGAGCCAUCAAGCAGAACACAUCUUCGAGUGGAGCUCGUCCGAAUCCACAAGGAUCAUAUCACUACGGGCAGAUAAAUAUCACAGGAACAUACAUUUUUAGAAGCAUGCCUCCGACAAUAAUCAAUGGGUCGCUUCGUGCUACGCUUAACGGUGUUUCGUUUCUGAAUCCAAGCACGCCCAUGAGGCUUGCGGAUAAGCAUAGGGUCAAAGGAGUUUAUAAGAUGGAUUUCCCAUCAAGACCUGUUGACAGUAGACCUCCCCGUGUGGGAAGCUCUAUCAUCAACGCAACGUACAGGAGAUUUGUUCAAAUUAUAUUCCAGAACAAUGACACCAAAGUCCAGAGCUUCCAUAUUGAUGGAUACUCUUUCUACGUCGUUGCAAUGGACUUUGGUAACUGGACUGAAGACAGAAAAGGUUCUUAUAACAACUGGGAUGCAAUAGCACGAAGCACAGUAGAGGUUUACCCAGGGGCAUGGACUGCUGUAUUGAUGUCACUUGAUAAUGCCGGAGUUUGGAAUCUCAGAGUUGAGAAUCUUGACAGAUGGUAUCUUGGUCAAGAAACUUACAUCCGAAUCAUAAACCCCGAGGAGAACGGUAAAACAGAGAUGGGUCAGCCCAAAAAUGUUCUUUACUGUGGUGCUCUCAAGAGCUUGCAGAAGCAACAAGUCCAUAGCUCUGCAUCAUCAUUGCUAAAUGGAAAUUUGAUUCUAAUUUUCAGCUUCUUGAUGGUUCUGCUCGCCUCGGUUUGCUGAGUCUCUUUCUGAUCUCCCAUUGGUUAGGUCGUAUAACUGUAGGACUCUCUUAUUUCUUCUUCUUUGAUUUCAUUAAUUGGUUCUGUUCUCAGAUCUUUUGCUUCUCAUGGUUCAAAACAACUUUAGUUCGUGGGGGUUGGUUUAUGUCUCAAGCAUUGUAACUAAAUAUUUUUAUGCGUCUUCUACAUUUUCCACGUUUGUUCAUCCAUAGUUAUAACUUUAUUUCAUA